GUGCCAGUUGCCAGACAACUUGUUGUUGUGAGCUGUGCAUGUGAAGACUGGUUCACCCUGCCACUCCGUUCAGAUUUGACUCAUCACAGCCACGCUAAAGGAUCGCUCCUCACACUCUUGAUGAUAAUGCUCCAAGAUGAAGUGGAUUCAACUUUUCAUUCCAUGUUUACUGAUCUCAACUAUUACUUGUGGUUCCCACUCUCUGAAGUUCUUGUCUACAGGACGUGUGCAGCCUGGAGAUCAGCCUUCAUUUGAACAACUAACUGUAUUUGAUGGAGUUCCCAUCUCUUACUGUGACAGCGUGACUAAAAGAGAACAACUCAAACCUACCCUGGAGUCCCAAAGCUUACCUGAACACUGCAAUGAAGCGAGUCUUAAUAUCAUAGACUCUCUCCACGAGAUUUUAAGGUUCACAAACAGCCCAGUGUAUGUUGUACAGCGGAGGCGGGGCUGCAUCCUGUCAGCCAAUGGGAUGUCAGCUUUUGAAGCCUGGGCAGUAGAUGGGACGGACUUCUUAAGCUUUGACCCUGAAUCUCAGAGAUGGACGUCCCAGUCUCCCUCUGCAGCACCAGUGGAACAACGCUGGAACAAAAAUACACUGAUGAAUAACGCCUAUAAACACUUUGUCAGAGUGGUUUGUCCGCAGAUGAUCCAGGAAACUAAAUUAAGACCAAUACAGCAGAAAACAGAGCUACAUGUUUUUGCCAAGCCCAUCGUUGACACAGACCAGGCCCUGCUGAGGUGUCAUGUGACCACUACUGACAAAUCAGUGAGCUCAGUGCAUCUGAUUGGAAACGGGGCUACCAGGGCCAGUAGGAUCAGGGUAACUGGACCCCUGCCCGCUGAAAACGGAUCUGUGAUCCUCCGACUGACAGCUGACAUCUCCAAGAACCAAAUCCACAACACGUACGGCUGCAUGGUACAGACAGGAAGUCACAACACCACUGUCUUUUGGGAUGGGAAAACUAUUGACGGCAGAAACCUUCUGGAUAACUUAAGUGUGUUUUGGAUAAUCCUGCUAGUAUUCCUUGGAGUCAUCUGCUUUGCGUUUGUUUGCACUAGUAUAGUCCGUGCAAUCCGAUGUCUGCAUAAAUAUGUGAAACCAACGUCCAGUCCUCCUCCAUCAAGAGAUGAUCCACAGCUGGCGGAGCAGUUUACCAGGAUCAAGGACAGCGUUGCUUCUCCAGAUCUGCAGAGUGUUAUUUUUUCAGUCACACAGGGGAGGGAAGGACACAGAGAAUCCCACGAGCAGUGGGAGGUAAGGAUCAUGUUAAGGGAUCAAAGUCACUACGAUCCAGAGUUCUUUGCUGAUCAGAUUGACGGAGCACAGCGAUAGUUAAUUGAGCAGGAAUUUGAAAUUGUAGAAAGAGAAACAUAUUUAAUAUCAACUGUGAACAUCAGGUUUAAGCGUCAGUGCCUCAGAGACGCUGGUAUUUUGCACUCAAUCCAUUCAUCACAGAACUGUGUUCAUCACCAUUCUCUACAGAGACAUUUGAAACUUUAGAAAUCACAAUUGUUUUGUGUCAUUAUUGGAAAGUUAUAAGGACACACGCCAUUUUUCAUAAUGAUCAAAAGUGAAGAAUUGAAUUGUGGAUGUUUGCACUGAGAUUUGGGACACUUCAAUAAAGUGGUCCAAUGUAAAUAUGGUGAACCAUGGAGCAAAUAGGGAAUGGUUUUGGACACAACUGCA